AUGGCUUCUGUUUUUGCCUCCUGCUUCCUCUGCGCUCUCAUUCUGGCACUGACAGAAGCCUUUACGCACGACGACAUGAAGGAUGCCAUGUUGAAGAAACUAGGACUCAGCGAGGUUCCUCAGAUUCAUAAACGGGACCUGGAGAACCUAGUGGUGCCGGCGCACAUUAAGAACAAGUACUUGUCCAUGCUGAAGCUUCACCAUGAAAGGAGGCGCCGGUCUCUUCCCAGUUUGGCAGGAAUUUUACGCGGCAUCCCGGGUAACGCAGACAUUUCCGGGGAGUUCGUGUAUUCUGACACGACACGUCAGCGCGUGCUGUUCGAGAUGAACUCGAGGAUUCCGGAUAACAGCGAGGUGACCAUGGCCGAGCUGAAGCUGUACAAGAAAGCGCCACACAAGCGAUCCAUGCCCGAGAGGAAGGGUCAGAGGCCAGUAAACAACGCGCGAGUCAGCAUUUACUGGGUGGAGGUGCUCGGGAACGGCUCCAACCGCACAUCUCUCGUCGACUCCAGGUUGAUUCCCAUCCAUGAAUCUGGCUGGAAAAGCUUCGAUGUCACGCAGGCUGUGCAUUACUGGUCCAAGAGUGAGCGGAACGCACCCAUGCACCUGGAGGUGUGGAUCGAGGGUGAGAGACCCGGCAGUUAUGCGGCGGAAAUGGCCAAGAGCGUCCAGUUUACCACUCAGGAGCCGAGCGACAUACUCGGCAAACCCGAACUCGUCCUCUACACACUUAACCUUGAAGAGUUUGGUUCUAACGGUGACUGCGAGCCAAACAAAAACAAGGACAUGUGCUGCCGUGAGGAAUACUUCAUUAAUUUCCGCGCUCUGACCUGGACGCAGUACUGGGUGAUCGAGCCUGCGGGUUAUCAGGCGUUCCGGUGUGCGGGGGGCUGCAGGCAGCCACAGCGCGGGGUUUACACUUACGGCCAGAGGAAAUGUGCGGUGGUGGAAAGCGCCCCUCUGCCCAUGAUGUACCUGGUGAAAAAGGGCGAUUACACCGAAAUCGAAGUGGCCGAAUUUCCCAACAUGAUCGUCGAGAAAUGCGGCUGCGCCAUGGACAAUGUUUCUCUCGUGUGACUCCAGAGACCCCCAUUUAACUAACGCACAGUACUUAUAGCUUCUUUUAAGCUUGGGCUUUUUAUAUUUUAAUUAUUAUUAUUAUUUGUUUUCUGCCCAGGCUGAA